GGCCGGGUUGCCAUAUACUAUGGUAGAAUUCCUCACCGAGUGCCUCAGAGCGAAAUCAGAGGCAGGAAUUGCUGGAGUGUGUCGGGGGUAGAGAAAUUAGAGGUGUAUUUCAAAGUGUCUUUGCAGACAGUUUUAGUGCACAAAGGCAGGUGGGGCAGGGAGGACCGCUGAUGAACAUUCCCUGCUGUGACAAUGGCGGAGCAGACGCUGCAGCUGCCUGCCCUGUUUGGUGGGGGGGCUCACAUGAUGCCCUGUGAACUCAUCCCGGAGGCGUCUCAGCAGGUCAUAUUUGUCCAGGUGAAUCCGGGGGAGACUUUCACCAUCAGGGGUGAAGACGGAUCGCUGCAGUGCAUCCAAGGACCAGCCGAGGUGCCCAUGAUGUCCCCGAAUGGCUCCAUCCCGCCGAUCCAUGUGCCUCCAGGCUACAUAUCACAGGUCCUGAUGGACAGUGUGGGUAUCCGUCGAGUGGUCAUCACACCCAACUCUGAGUGUUACCCUCCUCUGUCCAUAUCCCCCGCGCCCCCCCUGCUCCCCUACGUGGGCCCUCCCCACUUCUUCCCCAGCUCCCGCCCCCUCCUCUUCCUACCCCCUGGUGUGGGGGACAUGCAGCCCCACCUCCCUCCCCCGCACUGGCUUCUGCCCCCCUAUGGGGAAGAGAUCAUCCCACUCUCUUCUGUGUCAGCCUGCCUUGGCAGUACCCGCCCCCCCGCCAAGCUGCAGCCCAAGUUCCGAGAACGGCGAUUGAGAAGCCCCUCCCUCCCAGUGUCCAAGAGUCACACAGAGGCGGCAACGUCUAUCACUGGAGUGAAACCCUUACAGGAUCGCCGCUCACACGCAAAAAGCCCUAAUGACAAGCCGCUGGUGAUCGAGACACUGCAGGUGUCAGAUGUCCAGACACAUAGAGCGAGGCUGAGCUGGGUGCCCCCUGCAGGGCUUGCCGACACUGAUGGGGAGGGCAGAUGCAGAUGCCGGUACCAAGUGGAGCUGUGUGAGAGGAGGUGGGACAGGACACCCCGUGCCAUGUACAGCGGAGAAGCAUGUGAGUGUGUUCUGGAGGGGCUCAAACCAGCCACAGAAUAUCAUGCCAGACUAACCACAGUGUGCGACAGCGCGAGUGGGGCCAGCUUUGUGUCUUUCACCACCAUCAGCGGGGUCCCUGACUGCCCCCGACCUCCAAGGCUGUCCCUCUGCACCAAAAGCUCCCUCAUGCUGCAGUGGAAGGCCCCAGCUGACAAUGGAUCAGAAAUCACACAGUACCUUCUGGAAUGGGACGAGGGUAAGACAAGCACCAUUUUCAGACCGUGCUACUCCGGUACCCAGACGCACUGCAGAUUAACGGAGCUCUGCCCAUCCACGGGAUACACAUUUCGGCUCGCGGCACUCAAUAACAUCGGCACCAGCGGUUUCAGCCCAGAGGUGUUCUUCCACACGGCUGGCCCCCUUCCCUCACUGCCCCAGGCACCCCGACUGGUCUGCACUGGCAUCACGUGGAUCACCAUGGAGUGGAGCCGACCGGAGGGCCUCCCCCCAGAGGAGGUGCUGAGCUACACCCUGGAAGGCCGGGAGGAGGCCAGUCAGAGGGCGCCAUUCGAGGCAAAGUACAACGGCGAUGGGCUUGGCUGCACAGUGGAUGGUCUGAGGAACAGUGUGCGGUACAGCUUCAGGCUCGUCAUCUCCAGAGCAGAAGGGAGGAGUGAUCCGAGUCCACUUCUGCUGUGCAGCACCAGUUCGGACCCAACAAGACCACCCUCCAAGCUCCGCCUCCAUGGGACAGUCACUGCUCACAGCUUCAGCGUGACAUGGGAUCCUCCACAGAACCAUGGCGCCUUGGAGAGCCUGACCUACCUGCUGGAGAUCUCAGAGGCUGACUCUGGAACUGCUUGGGAGGCGGCAUAUAGUGGAGCAGCCAAUCAGCACACGUGUGAUGGUCUGAAGCCAGACACCCUGUACAAACUCCGGCUUCGCAGCAUCAGUAAGGACAGCCAUAGCCAGCCUACAGAAAGCCUCCCAGUCCGCACGCUGAGUGUGGCCCCAGGGCCCUGCUUACCCCCGAGAAUUGUGGGUAAAGCCAGGCAUAGGGAGUUGCAGCUUUGUUGGGAAUCCCCUACAGCUGAGCAGGGAGGCGUGGCCACGGAGUUCUGCCUGGAGAUGAGAUCAACAGACGGCAAGUGCACUGAGGUUUACCGCGGGCCCAGCCUGGACUGCACCGUGACCGGCCUGCUCCCUGGUGCGUCCUACCGGUUCCAUGUGUGUGGCAUCAACACGGCGGGGUACGGGCCCUAUUCUGACGCCACAGAAGUGACAACGGCUGCAGGUCCUCCUGGCCAGUGUGAGGCGCCAUUCCUGACUCUGACCUCUGACACCUGCAUCCUGGCCAGCUGGCAGACCCUGAAAGGAUGCGAUACCGAUGUCUCUGAAUACCGAUUGGAGUGGAGGCGGGAUGACGAACCACCUAAAACCAUCUACUCCGGGCCGGACUUGCAGUACGAGGUCACUGACCUCUUCCCAGGAGUGCAGUAUUAUUGUAGAGUGCAGGCAGCCAAUCAGGCAGGGCCGGGCCCCCACAGUGAGACGGCAAGCUGCUGUAUCCCGCCAGCUGCCCCCGGUGCCGUCCCCGGCUUUGUCGUGCUGGAGCGUGACCCCAAAGGUGACUCCACCUUUUCACCCUCCACCUGCUUGGCCCUGACGUGGGCGGAGCCUUCCUGCAAUGGGGCCCCCAUCAUUGGCUACACCGUCACCCUGGGAGAUCAGCUAAUCGCUGUGGGCAACAUCAACCACUAUGUGAUUGAGAACCUCCAGCCAGACACGGAGUACAGCCUUCGCAUCAGAGCCCUGAAUGCUCUUGGUUCUGGCCCAUUCUGCUCGCCACUGCGAGCUCGGACCCGCCCCCCACCCUUGGCCCCACCCACACUGGAGUGCACCAGUGCCGGUUUGCAGAGCCUGAGGCUACGGUGGGUGGAUUCUGCGGGCUGUAAGGCCCCACCCACCGAGUCUGUGACCUACGACCUACAGAUGGAGGUAGGGUGCCAGAGGUUCCUCAGUAUCUACUGGGGUUCAAGUCACACAUUCAGGGUACAGCGGCUGACUGAGGGCAGUAGCUAUGGCUUCCGCAUCCGAGCUGUAAGCCCCGCCGCAGGGGAGGGCCGCUUCUCUGACACCUGGACCUUCAGCACCGCCCGGGCCUCACCCCCUGUGCCCAAAGCUCCCAGAGUGCUGCACCUCAAUGACGGUUCCUGGCAGGUCAUAUGGGACAGCAUCCCCCCAAUGAGAGGGGACCCAAUUACAUACGUGCUCCAGGUCCAAGUUGGGAGGGAGACGGAGUACAGACAGGUCUUCAAGGGGCUGGAGACAACCUUCCAGAUGGGAGCACUGCCAAGCAACACGGAGCACCGUUUCCGCGUGGCGGCUUGCCGCUGCUGCUUGGGGUCGGGGCAGGAGCUUCCUAGCCCCUUCAGCCCUCCACGCCUGCUCCGCCCACAGCCCAUGGAGCUGACCGGCGUCGCCCCCAGCACCACUCCCAGUGACGCCCAGACCACAGUGCUCUCCAGUGAUGAACAGUUUGCUGCCCUGAUUGUUGCUGGGCUCACCGCCAUCUCAGUGCUCAUUGCCUUUGCCUUGCAGUACCUUUUUGUGAAGUGAGGGGGCACUGCUGGGAACGCUGAAAGGAUUCUUUAAUGGCGGAUAAUAAGAAACUUGACAUGUGCCGUGAACCUAUUAGGUAACAUAGGGAGAUGCACCCCGGUCCACUGCUGGCAGGAAUCAGUCCCACAACAUGGUUUGCAAAGCCAUUCUCUAUCCCCAGACAUGUGCAGUUGUAUCUGAUACCAUGCUGUCAUACUAUAUACCGUAUGGAGUGCUUUGAUUGGCCAGUCAGUGGACACAGUGGUGUAGUCGGGGGGGGGGUUCAGUUACCCAGAAUCCUGCCUCUCGCCCAGAAGUCCAGUGGUGUUUCUCAAUACCAAGAACGUGAAGAUUGUAUUUGUGGUCUUGGCAAGAGCGGUCUUGCUAAUUUACCUCCCAAGGUCGAAUUUGGGGUGCAGUGAAUCAUGGGAUUGGUCUUGUUUGGUGAAGAUGCAACUGAUGUGCCCUUCAUAUUUGGGACGGGGCAAGAACGACAUCGUAGGAUUUUUAUCAUCCUCUGUACUUCUGUGCUUAGUAUUGGAACUGACCUUUGGCAAUGGAAGAUGACAUAAAACAGGUACACGAGAACACAAGUGUGGUCAAGUACGUGUACUGAGACACACCCCAGAGGAGCCCUUUGGGGGGGGUGGGGCUGCCAGCAGCCCGGAUGAGCGGGAGCUGAGGUGGGGGCAGCCCAACCCCAAGUCUUCACCCAGCCUCCAUGAUGAGGCUCUUUUAACCUACUUUCGUGAAUCUUCACUGUUUCACCCUCUACCUAAUUCACCUGAACCAAAACUGAUGUAAAAAACACAUAAUUUAUAGUUGCAUAAAAUACUUUACAUUACAACUAUGGUACAAUUUUCAUGUAUUUAUUUUUAAACACUGAGAUUGAGUGACUGUGUCGGUUUUAAAGCAUCUGUCUGUCUCUCUCUGUCUUGUCUGUCUGUCUCAGCUUCGCUCAAACCAUAACUCUCUUCCUGACACCGUUUUCGUUUAUGUGCUGUGAUUCGGAGCAUGUGCCACGAUCAGUGCCAUUUGACAGGCGUGUUCAUCAAGUGGGGAUUUUGCAUCGAGAAAUGAUACAUAUACAUUUUACGACUAUAUAAAAUCACUAAAGAAAAUAUUACAUUUGGUACGGAACCAUGGUGUGAUUUUGUUUUAACGUUUUCUUUUCCCUUGUGGAAUAAGGCAGAUUUUAUUAUACACUAAACAUUAGCAAUGCAGUGCUUUUUAAGCAGAAUUCUUUACUAUAUUUUGAUACUUUGUUGCCACUACAAUAUAUGGUGCAGUAAAGAAACUUCCUUUGUACAGUUUAUAUCAGGUGCUUCGUUCAGGGCUCAACAUUCAGCACGGUGACAGUCAUUUUGUGACUGAGAGCCUGGUGAUCAUGCCCAUGAAGGCAUACUGAGUCAGCUGGGCUGACCAGGGUGGGCAGUAAAAUAAUCUCGGGAAAAGGGAAGACUUACACUUGCUUUCGAAUUUCUUUUUGUUUAGUUUGUCAUUCCAGGUGGACUGUAUGAACUGGAUUCUGUGUCUCUGUUUUCCAUUGUUUCAUAGACGCCUGUCCACACAAACCAUGCCCAAUGUGUCUCAUCAAACACGUCCUCGAAGACUUAAACCUUCAAAGUGUUAACUGGCAGCUUCAUGUAUCUCUGGCUCCCUGAAAUUUUUUAUAUAUGUACGCGUAUACCAGCAGUGAAGAUGUAAGAAAAAGUGCCCAGUUGAAGUUAAUGAAUUACAUAUUUUACUACUAUAUCCAAAUCUGAAUCAUAAUGAUACCUCACAGUUACAAAGAUAUAUAUGAGCAAAUAAACACAGGAUUUUAUCAUUUCUUAGGAAUAUGUAAAGGAAACUGUCACAUGUUUCCCUGUAUCUUUGAGGCUGAUUUAUAUCUAGCAUAUACUGUGUAUAAAUGUAAUGUCCAAUAAAUUAUUCAUUCUAGGUCUUUCCUGAA